GAGCAGGCGUUAAACAGACCCCAGCCUCCAGUCUGACCACAGCCUCGGCCCUGACACAUCCCACCGCCCGCCUCCACCCUGCUCCCCAACACCAGAACAGAGAGGGAGCCAGAGCCCGGCUCAGCAGCUCCGCAGAAAACCAAGGAAACCCAGCAAACACUCCAGCCCCAAAUCCCCCAGCCCGGGAGGGGGGACAGCUCUCAGCAGAGCCGCCAACAAAAGCAUUCCUGCCUUUCAGCUCCAAGAAAUAGCACCACCGUAAAGUCAUUUAGGCGACCUCAGAUACUAACUCGAGGAGAUAAGCGGAACCGAACAGCAGCAGCAGCAGCAAAGUCUCAGAGCAUCUCCAGCCUGGAGGAGACCACUAAAAACUUCUACACUUCUACAGCACCUUCUGCUGAGCCUGAGACCAUAACUAACUAACUGAGCUGCAGGGAACACUCUGAGGAGCAAACAUGAGGACCAAUACAAGAAUCCUGUGGACUAUUUUAGUUAUAGAUUUUCUCCUCCUGCUGGCUGAGUCUGACCCCACCACUCCUGCUCUUGCUACUACAAAGCCUAUCAUUGCAGCGGCUCCCACAGCUAAGCCUACCGAUGCACAGUUUACAACUUUAAAGUCCUCUCCUGUAGAGCCUACUACUGUAAAGCUUCCUGAUGCAGGACCUACCACUGCAACGCCUUCCCAUUUAGAGUCUACACCUGGAAAGCCUGUGACUGCAGAGCCUCCCACUACAAAGCCUAUCAAUAAAGAGCCUAUCUCUACAACGCUUACUGCUAUAGUACCUACUGAUGCAAAGGCUACCACUAAAGGCCCUAGCCCUACAAUGCCUGCCCCUACAGGGUCUCCAAUUGCAAAGCUUUCCACCAAAGUGCCUAUCACUACAAUGCCUGCCGCUAUGAUGCCUGUCACUAAAAAGCCUACGCCUGAAAAGCCUACCCCUGAAAAUGCUACCCCUGCAAAUGCUACCCCUGAAAAUGCUACCCCUGAAAAGCCUACCCCUGAAAAUGCUACCCCUGAAAAUGCUACCCCUGAAAAGCCUACCCCCGAAAAUGCUACCCCUGAAAAGCCUACCACUAAAAAUGCUACCCCUGAAAAGCCUACCACUAAAAAUCCUAUCCUUGAAAAGUCUGCCACUACAAAGCCUAUCUCUGCAGACUCUACAUUGGCUAGUCCUACCGGUUCUGGUCCAGCCCCACGUCAUCCUGCCACUCCAGCUCCAUCCUCUGUGGUUUCUACACAUCGGCAGCCUGCCUCUGACCAAACACCUGCUUUAGGUCCUAAAACACCGGCCCCUACUACUGUUGCUUCUAAGCAACCUGCCAGCACACAACCAGGACCAAAUCCGACAACAGAAGAGCCAUUAGCUAGCACCGAGAAACCUGGAUUGGCGUCUGGCGUCUUGGAGUCUGAGAUAUCAGGGCCAUUUAAUGAAACAAUCACCCUAGAAUUUAUGCAGGAACCCAGAAAUAAGAAGAACAGCAUUGUCCAGUCUUGUCAGACGUUGUUGGAAAAGGUUGGUGGCAAGGGUACCUGCUCACUGGCUGGAGAGAUAAAAAACGGUCGUUACGAAUUCUCCAAAGUGUCUGUGGCAGUUGAUUCGAAAGUGAUGCAGGAAAUCUACGAUGCUAUCAAAAAGGCACCGGCAGAGCCCACACCAGUGCCCCACACGCUGAUUGCUAUCUUGUCUUCAUGUGGUGCCCUGGUGAUCAUCCUUGUUAUUUUUGCCCUGUACUGCACCUAUCACCACAGAUCCUACAGGAAGAACCAGCAACACCUGACUGAGGAGCUUCAAACUGUGGAGAACGGUUAUCAUGACAACCCCACGCUGGAGGUGAUGGAGGUGCAGCCGGAGAUGCAGGAGAAGAAGGUGGCGCUGAACGGAGAGUUCAACGACAGCUGGAUUGUUCCUUUCGACAACCUGGCCAAAGAGGUGACACCUGAAGAGGAGGACACUCACCUGUAGGGAACAGAAGCCCAGAUUAACAGUGUGAUUCUGUCAGAAAACCUGGAAGAACAGGUGGAAGACACAGACUGCUGUAAAGAUAAAGAUACGCUAUAUUGCCAAAAGUAUUCACUCGGGUUUGGAUGGAGCUGCUUGGAUAUAGAAGCUCUCUUUUCCACCAUUCAAUGAGUCUCUUUAUGCUCUAUUGUUAAUCUACAGGGGUUGGACAAUGAAACUGAAACACCUGUCAUUUUAGUGUGGGAGGUUUCAUGGCUAAAUUGGAGCAGCCUGGUGGCACAUUGCACCAGUAACAGCAGAGUGUGAGACUGUGAAGGUUCAGUUAGCAGGGUAAAAGCACAGUUUUGCUCAAAAUAUUGCAAUGCACACAACAUUAUGGGUGACACACCAGAGUUCAAAAGAGGACAAAUUGUUGGUGCACGUCUUGCUGGAGCAUCUGUGACCAAGACAGCAAGUCUUUGUGAUGCAUCAAGAGCCACGGUAUCCAGGGUAAUGUCAGCAUACCACCAAGAAGGACCAACCACAUCCAACAGGAUUAACUGUGGACGCUGGAAGAGGAAGCUGUCUGAAAGGGAUGUUCGGGUGCUAACCCGGACUGUAUCCAAAAAACAUAAAACCACGGCUGAUCAAAUCACGGCAGAAUUCAAUGUGCACCUCAACUCUGCUGUUUCCACCAGAACUGUCCGGCGGGACAAUAAAUUAUCGUAGUCUAAAACCAGGUGUUUCAGUUUCCUUGUCCAACCCCUGUACUUGAGCUCAUCUGAAGUUUGGAGGUGUGUAGUGAUGUAGUGACUCUGCAGAAAGUUGAAGAGUCGCUGUCGUUCUCUUCCAGUCUCUUAAACUGUGUUAUAAUAAUAUCACUGACAGUUGGCUGAGGAAUAUUUAGUAGUGUGUACCACAGUGCUGGAGUUCACUGAGCUCCUGAGAGCCUGAGACCCAUUCUUUCACUAAUGUUGAUAGAAGCAGUCCCAGCAUGCCUAGCGAUGCCAUUCCAGCUGCUUUUAUUAAACACCUGUGGUCAUGGAAGUGAUUUGAACCUGAGUUCGAUGAUUUGGAUGGACGAGUGAAUACUUUUGGCAGUAUAUUGUAUCUAAUGGCCUCCGAUGGUUAUAUUUGGGCCACUUUUACUAAACCUGAUUUAAUGCCAAAAGGGCACAAGCCAUAGAGAUAAAUAUUUAAAACAACUAAAGAAGGGAACACAGGCGGAUGACGGCGGAAGUGGCCUGUCCGUGUGCCGAAACACUAAAGCCAGGUUUAUGUUUUUUUAAUUCUCUUCCUCAAAUGGUUUUGUUUUGUCUUGUUUAA